CUACCGAUCAGCAAUCUUUCAGCAACUAGCAUUCAUCCCAUUCUUCUCAAGGCAGAAAACUCAAUCUUGCGCAGAGGACAGGUUUUUGCUGGAGCAAUUGAAACCUUGAGAAUGGAGUCUUUAACGACUUAUGCUUCGGAUGGAGAGGAACCAAAGAGACGUCAUUGCGAGCAUUCUGUUUCACCAGCUACUGAAUUUGAAAAACUGGAGCUCAAGCGACGUAAGGUUUCCGCCGUCCGUGAUUUCCCUGCGUGUUUGGAACAGAUCAAUGCACGAAGGAACGGCUGCGGGGAUGAUUCGGAUGCUGAACCUCGUGAAAUUGAUCAUGUUGAGCCCCACAAAAUCACGCUUCAUCCCGAAAAAGAUGAUUUGUCCCUUUGGUCUCUGGAAUCGAACAGGGCAACAGAUGAUGGUUAUUAUUCAGAGGACUUGGACGAUGCAACAUACAACGACCCAUUCGAAGUUUUGGACCGCGAAAGAAGUUGCUAAUUGGAACUCCAAUAUGUGCUGACUAAGGUUUUUGAUUUUGCCUAAGUGGGGUUCAAGCGGCCCAAAGUUUCAGCCACCCGCGAUUUCCCAGUAGCGUUCGAACAAUUUGGUGCACAAGCGGCAAAUGGUAGCCCGGAUGAUUCAGACGAAGACAUUGUCGAGCUUUGGGAGAUUG